AUGGAAUUGGAAGAUAAGGUUAAAAAGCUAAAAGAAGAGUUCCAAGGUUUGCCAAGGCCUCUCUUUCGAGCAAUUCUUUGCAACAAUAAAGUUAAUGGGGACCUAACAGCAGCUGUUCGGUGCUUACAACAAUUUGAACCAAAGAAAAAUACCAGGAUGCGCAAUCUACCGGCGACAGCCGCUGACAAGGAGUUGAAAAAGGGGUUAAGUUGCACCCCCCUGGAUGGACUCAGCCAGAAGGAAAACAACUGGACAGGAGAAGGGAACAGUAAGAGGUCAAAACCACAACCAUCAGCUCCCUCAGAACGAUCAAUAAAAACAACGCCAUCGUCACGAUCCAGCAAGCCAGCACCACCACCAAAGCCACAAUCCGCUCGAUUACAUUCACAAUCCAGCAUACCACGCCCAUCUGUUGCACCGAAACUAAGAUCAACUCAGUCACCGCCACAGACCAGUAAACCACCACCGCCUCCUGUUGCUCCGAAACCACGAUCAACUCAGCCACCGUCACAGACCAGGACCGGUAAACCACCCCCGCCACCUGUAGCUCGGAAACCAAGAUCAACUCAGUCACCGUCACACACCAGGACCAGUAAACCACCACCGCCCCCUGUAGCUCUGAAACCACAAUCAACUCAGCCACCGUCACAGACCAGGACCGGUAAACCACCCCCGCCACCUGCAGCUCCGAAACCACGAUCAACUCAGCCACCAUCACAGACCAGGACCGGUACACCACAACCGCCAGCUGUCGCUCGGAAACCAAGUUCAACUCAGUCACCGUCACAGACCAGGACCGGUAAACCACCCCCGCCACCUGUAGCUCCGAAACCACGAUCAACUCAGCCACCGUCACAGACCAGGACCGGUACACCACAACCGCCAGCUGUUGCUCGGAAACCAAGAUCAACUCAGUCACCGUCACAGACCAGGACCGGUAAACCACCCCCGCCACCUGUAGCUCCGAAACCACGAUCAACUCAGCCACCGUCACAGACCAGGACCGGUACACCACAACCGACAGCUGUUACUCGGAAACCAAGAUCAACUCAGUCACCGUCACAGACCAGGACCGGUAAACCACCUCCGCCACCUGUGGCUCCGAAACCACGAUCAACUCAGCCACCGUCACAGACCAGGACUGGUACACCACAACCGCCAGCUGUUGCUCCGAAACUACGAUCAACUCCAUCAUUUUCAAAGUCCAGCAAGCCAGCACUACCACAAAAAACAGAAUCAACUCAAACACCCUCACAGUCUAGCAAACUAAUACCACCACCUGUGGCACUGAAACCACAAUCAAUUCGAUCGCUUUCACAGUCCAGCAGGAAAGCAUCAUCACCCAAACUACAGUCAGCUCCACCACCUUCACAAUCCAGCAAACAAGAGCAUCCACAAGAGUCAACUCAUUUACUCUCACCGUCCAGCAGGCAGGCAUCACCACCAAAUCCAAAGUCAUCAGGAUUUGCAAAGCAAGGAAUCGAUUUCAAGCCGGAAGCAGGAAACAUUUUACCAGAAAACUGGACACCAAUGUCACACGAUAACGAAGGAAACGGCAUCAGUGUUCACUUGGUAAAACUUGAUAGCUCUUCACCUGAGUACCAGAAAGUCAUGGAUAGAAUUUUAGAGACUCUCCAUUCAGUUGAUAUCGUGAGUAUAGAACGGGUACAAAAUUAUUAUCUGUAUCAAGCUUAUCAAUUGCUGAAGCAAAAGAUGGAAACUGACAGGGGAGAAAGCAACGAGCGACAAUUAUUCCACGGCACCACUCCUGACAACACAAAGAAAAUCAAUUACUCAGGAUUCGACUGGAGAUUCUCUGGAUCUGCACACGGAGCUAUGUAUGGUGCUGGAGUCAACUUUGCCAGGGACGCCUCCUAUUCAAUACACUACGCAACUCGACCCAGUGCUGGUCCUCAUUGCGUUAUGUAUCUUGCCAGAGUAUUGGUGGGUCGAUAUUGCUUAGGAAAAAAGGGCAUUAUGAAACCUCCCCCUGUAAAUCCUGAGUUUCCGGAGAUUCUGUUUGAUUCCACGGUCGACAAUCUGGCUAACCCUUUAAUCACUGUCGUGUAUCAAGACAGUCAGUGUUACCCAGAAUAUUUAAUCACUUUUCGAAAAACAGGAUGAAAAUAAGACAAAAUUCAACGAGGUCUUGGUGAAGAGAAUUCAUUAAUUUUCAAAGUAGAGUAAUCUUACCGGUAGACUCUUUAUAUUUCUUAUAGCGUACGAAAUGUGAAAACGUUACCUAGAACAGUUUAAUUUGAAAGUUAGGAUAUAAAUAAUGCAUGUCAUGAUAUACUAAAAAGCCGUUAAUUGAAAGACUCUUUAGUUUUAGUAAACGUUUAAAGUUGUCUUUCAGCAGCAAACUGAUUAAAUGAACGAUUCCGUGAAGGUCUUCCGCUACUGUAUUUCCCUUUUAUUCUGAGUUUUCGCCGAUUUACCGCACCGUCAGGAAGUAUAAAGAAA